CCUUAGGUCAAUGCCGACGCCGACGCAGGCGAAGACGCCCAUGGAUGCCGCCAAGAAGGUGGUCGUGACCACGUACGAGGAGCUGCCGCGCCGCCGUCAUGGCAGCCACGGCGCGACGUCGUCAACGGCCGCUCGAGCCAAGGCGAGCGGGCCCACGCGCGCGGCCGUGGGCGGCGGCUACAACCGCCGGGCGAUGCUGCUCGCGUACGCGCAGCACCUGCGGCGGCGCGGCGGCGGGCAGCGAUCGGCGUCGGUGCCGCGGGCGCUGGGGUGGGGCGAAUGGAAGCGGGCAGAUCCCGGCGCCGGCAGCGACGACGGCGAUCGCAAAGUGGUGAUGGGGAGGAUCAGGAGAAGCUGGUGCUCCAGGUUCCGGCUAUGGGUACGGCUUUGGAUCGCCACGUUUUUCCGGCGAGUUCAGACCAUCAGGGAGAACGCCUCGUGCAAGAGAGGAGAUUGAACAGAUUAGCGUCGCGAUGUGCUGUGCUAGACUCGUGCAUCUCCACAAGAAUGAUGCGUGUACCUUAAUGAAAGUGAUCAUGCAUAGCAAACAGAGCUUGGCUCUGAUGGUUAGCGAAAAUCAUGGUCUACAUAUAU